GAGGUGCUUACCUAUGCCCUGAAUCAGAGAAUUUUUCUGUUGACAGCUCUGGAUUGUUUGGGUAGAUACUGAUAGGGUAGACACUGUCCUCACAACACCUGUCCAGAAAGACAGGAAAGAGGAGGAAGAAGUCCUCCUUCCACCAGGAAUUCUCUGGGAAGCACAUAAGAUUUCACGCUACUAGUUUAUUCCCAAGAGAAGCUACCACAACCUGGUAAUUACCAGCUCUAACUUUUGUGUCUCUAAGUGCACCUCUCCUGGAAUUACAACUAAGUGAAACAGGGAUUCAAAGGAGUCUCAGAGGACUGCAGGAAGAAUGCUUCGAGGCCGAUCCCUGUCUGUGACAUCCCUGGGUGGGCUUCCCCAGUGGCAAGUUGAGGAACUUCCUGUGGAGGAGUUACUGCUCUUUGAAGUUGCUUGGGAAGUGACCAAUAAAGUUGGAGGCAUCUAUACUGUGAUUCAGACAAAGGCCAAAACAACAGCAGAUGAAUGGGGAGACAACUAUUUUCUGAUAGGUCCAUAUUUUGAGCAUAAUAUGAAGACUCAGGUGGAACAGUGUGAACCUGUAAAUGAUGCCGUCAGAAGAGCAGUGGACGCAAUGAAUAAGCAUGGCUGCCAGGUGCAUUUUGGAAGAUGGCUGAUAGAAGGAAGUCCUUAUGUGGUGCUUUUUGACAUAGGCUAUUCAGCUUGGAAUUUGGACAGGUGGAAGGGUGACCUCUGGGAAGCUUGCAGUGUUGGCAUUCCUUAUCAUGACCGAGAAGCCAAUGAUAUGCUGAUAUUUGGAUCUUUAACUGCCUGGUUCUUGAAAGAGGUGACAGAUCAUGCAGAUGGCAAACAUGUCAUUGCCCAAUUCCAUGAAUGGCAGGCUGGAAUUGGACUGAUCCUUUCUCGAGCCAGAAAACUUCCUAUUGCCACAAUAUUUACAACCCACGCCACACUACUUGGGAGGUAUCUCUGUGCAGCAAAUAUUGAUUUCUACAACCAUCUUGAUAAGUUUAACAUAGACAAAGAGGCUGGGGAAAGGCAGAUUUACCACCGAUACUGCAUGGAGCGAGCCUCCGUUCAUUGCGCUCACGUGUUCACCACCGUUUCUGAAAUAACAGCAAUAGAGGCCGAACACAUGCUGAAGAGAAAGCCUGAUGUAGUUACUCCAAAUGGCUUGAAUGUUAAGAAAUUUUCAGCAGUGCAUGAGUUUCAAAAUCUACAUGCCAUGUACAAGGCCAGAAUCCAAGAUUUCGUUCGAGGUCAUUUCUAUGGUCACCUCGACUUUGAUCUUGAAAAGGCUUUGUUCCUUUUCAUUGCUGGGAGGUAUGAGUUUUCAAACAAAGGAGCUGACAUCUUCCUAGAAUCCUUAUCCAGGCUAAAUUUCCUGCUGAGGAUGCACAAAAGUGAGGUCACAGUGGUGGUGUUUUUCAUUAUGCCUGCCAAGACAAACAAUUUCAAUGUGGAAACCCUGAAAGGACAAGCAGUCCGAAAACAGCUGUGGGACAUUGCACAUUCUGUGAAGGAAAAGUUUGGAAAAAAACUCUAUGAUGCCUUAUUAAGAGGAGAAAUUCCUGACAUGAACAAUAUUUUAGAUCGAGAUGAUAUAACAAUUAUGAAAAGAGCCAUCUUUUCAACUCAGCGACAGUCAUUGCCCCCAGUGACCACGCACAAUAUGAUUGAUGACUCCACUGACCCCAUCCUCAGCACCAUUAGACGGAUUGGACUUUUCAACAAUCGCACUGACAGAGUCAAGGUGAUUUUGCACCCAGAGUUUCUAUCCUCCACCAGCCCCUUACUACCGAUGGAUUAUGAAGAGUUUGUCAGAGGUUGUCACCUUGGAGUAUUUCCAUCAUACUAUGAACCCUGGGGUUAUACUCCAGCUGAAUGCACUGUGAUGGGGAUCCCCAGUGUGACCACGAAUCUCUCCGGGUUUGGCUGUUUCAUGCAGGAGCACGUGGCUGAUCCUACUGCUUACGGUAUUUACAUCGUUGACAGGCGGUUCCGUUCUCCAGAUGAUUCUUGCAAUCAGCUGACUCAGUUUCUCUAUGGAUUUUGCAAACAGUCACGCCGCCAAAGGAUUAUCCAGAGGAACCGAACUGAGAGGCUCUCAGAUCUUCUGGAUUGGAGAUACUUAGGCAGAUAUUACCAGCAUGCCAGACACCUGACAUUAAGCAGAGCUUUUCCAGAUAAAUUCCAUGUGGAGCUAACAUCACCACCAACGACAGAAGGAUUUAAAUAUCCCAGGCCUUCCUCAGUACCACCUUCUCCUUCGGGGUCUCAGGCCUCUAGUCCGCAGAGCAGUGAUGUGGAAGAUGAAGUGGAGGAUGAGAGAUACGAUGAGGAAGAGGAGGCUGAAAGGGAUCGGUUAAAUAUCAAGUCACCAUUUUCACUGAGCCGCGUUCCUCAUGGGAAGAAAAAGCUGCAUGGUGAAUACAAGAACUGAAUUCUACACGUGCUGAACAGAGCUAAUUUAGAAAAGCAAAGUAAGACUAAUUAUUUAAAAUAAUAAAAAUGCCACAAAUUUCAUUUUCUCUUUCUAAAUAUUAUAAUGGAAUUUAUUCUCUGCUCAAAAAGUGGAAGAAAUUGAGUGAAUGACAAUUUCAUUAUUUAGAAUAAGAUCCAAGUUAUUUUCCCCAACACUUGUUUCCUCCAUAAAGUUAGGCAAGAGGAGGAGCACUAAUUAAAACCAG